ACACCACAAGGCUGAAUGUCUAAUCCUUUCCCUCCUUGUCCGUGAAGCAAAUCCUACAACUACCAGCUCCGUGACCCCGAGGGUCAGCCGCCCGAAGCCGCAUCGCUACCCCUCGGACCUUGGCCGGUUCGCACGCGAUUGUCUCACCGAAGUCGCGACAAUAACGCCGUCAUUCGUGUCAACAUGUUCGAAACUUCCAAGACGUCCGCCGAGUUUUCUACUCUUCCCAUCUCGAUACCGCCUUGCGCCUCAUUUCCGGUCGACGUGGUGCACUACCUCUACCUACGCAGAAAUUCCCCGAAAAUACCCACCCCCAAUGACGGCCGCAGUUUGUUCAUAGUCAACGUCCCCGCCGAUAGCACUGAGCCCCAUUUUCGCGCCCUGUUUGCCAGCCUGGUCGGGGCAGGCCGAUUCGAGAGUAUCGCCUUCGAACAGGGCAAGAAGUCAUCGGCAUCGCACGAGCCAGCUGAAGCCGUACGGUUGGCGGCAUACGGCAAGAGAAAGUGGGCGGAUGAGGAGCUCCGGAACUCGAUAGACGAGGCGGCCGCCGAGUUGCCAAGCACGUGGACCCGGCAGCUGUAUCGGAGCGGUAGCUCUGCCAUCGCUCUGCUAGCUGACGAGAAGAGCGUUGACCUUGUUCUCAAGGCUGUGAAGAAGGUUAGGAAGCCGAAAGAUUACCCGGUGUGGGGGGAAGGCGUCAAUGAUAAAGCUCCGCCUCUGGGCUCUCAAUGGCUUCAGGCCCACGUCAAGCUCUCCUUCCCGAGCCACGACGCGAUCCAAGCCUCGAUGGACGCCUACUUUACCGAAUUCAACCGGAAGGAGAAGGAAGCAUCUCGGCUGGCUAAGAAGCUGCGCAACGAGCCAGACGAAGACGGCUUCGUGACCGUCACUCGGGGCGGCCGGAACGCGCCGGCCAGGAGAGACGAAGCCGAGGAGGCCAAGCAGCGGAUGCUGGGCAAGCAACAGAAGAAGAAGGACGAGACACAUGAUUUCUACCGCUUCCAGAUGCGCGAAAAGAGAAAGGCCGAGCAGGCUGAAAUCCUAAAGAGGUUUGAGGAGGACAAGAGAAAGGUCGAAGCCAUGAAGGCGAAGCGAGGAAAAUUCAGGCCCGAGACUUGAAGGAUAGCCACACUUGAGGUCGGUCGAACGAGGCAGAGCCAAGCAGGAGAGUCCAAGUCCGACUCGGAGCCAUCUUGGGUAUAUAUAUAUUCUCUCCGGACAGAGGGACGGAGACUCCGAGUGGUCUUGCCUUGUCAAAACGAUGGUCUGGUAAGUUACGGCCCGAAACUUAUUAGGUGAGUACCUGAGUAUUUGUUCCCCCCU